AUGAAGGCGGUGAUUCCACUCUUCCAGGAAAUCAGAGCUCUCCCCACCGGCGCCAGCGCCGGCGGGGCCGCUGCGUCGACUUCUACAUCGCCGCUGAGAAGAGCCCUCGUCAGCAUCAGAAAUGGCUCUCUUUACGACUACCGCGCCUACGGCGAUCUCAUCCAGCACUGCGCCGAUCACCGCCUCUCUUCCCAGGGAAGACUGCUCCACGGUCGCGUCAUCCUUCUCUCCGUCGUCCCUGAAAACUUCCUGGGAUCUAAGCUCAUCUCACUCUAUUCCAAGUGCGGGCGGAUCGCCGAGGCCCGCAAGGUGUUCGACGGGAUUCAGCAGAAGAAUGUCUUCUCCUUCAACGCCAUGCUCAUCGCCUACUCCCUCCAUGGGUGGCCUUGCCAGGGGUUAAGUAUCUUCGCGCGUCUUGCGUCGUGCGAUUUGGAUCUCAAGCCUGAUGCGUAUUCGAUCUCCGGUGUCUUGAAAUGUCUCUCGUCUUUGUGCCCUUCAUCCUCUAUUCCACAUCUGCUCGGGAGGGAGAUCCAUGGUUUCGUGCUCAGGCAUGGGAUCGGCGCCGACCUCUUUGUGACGAAUGGUCUGGUGACACUCUAUGCGAGAUCAGGCAACAUGAACUUGGCCCGAAAGAUCUUUGAUCUGAUGCCUGAGAAAGAUAUCAUCUCGUGGAAUGCUAUGAUCUCUGGCUACGACCAGGGUGGACACUACGAAGAAUGCCUCAAGCUGUACGAGAAACUGGAAGGUGCGUGUGGUGAUCUGAGGCCGGAUUGCGUCACAGCGGUGAGUGUGCUCCAUGCUUGUUCCCAAGUGAAGGAUCUCACCUUUGGGAUGCGGGUUCACCGGUCCCUAAGGAUGCACGGCAUCGAUGUCGACAUGGCCGCGUGGAAUUCCAUCAUCGGGCUCUAUGCCAAGUGUGGGAAGUUGGAAUUCGCUCGGAGGCUGUUCGAUGAAAUGAUAGAGAAGGAUGAAGUUACAUAUGGAGCAAUGAUCUCAGGAUACAUGAACCUGAGCUUCGUCGGCCAAGCGAUGGAGCUCUUUCGGCAGAUCCAGAAUCCCCUUCUGACAACAUGGAACGCUGUGAUUUCUGGCCUGGUUCAGAACAACCGCCACUUCGAUGUUCUAGAGCUCUUCCGCGAGUUGCAGAACGCUGGUUUCCGACCGAACUCUGUCACUCUGUCGAGUAUCCUCCCGACCGUCGCCUUCUUCUCGAACCUCAUGGCCGGAAAGCAAAUCCAUGGCUACGCUAUCAAGAACGACUGUGAUCGCAACAUGUAUGUGGUGUCUGCAAUGAUCGACAUGUACGCCAAAGCCGGAUUCCUUCACGGCGCCCACAGAAUCUUCCAGCAUUUCUCACCCAGAAGUGUAAUCGUGUGGACUGCUAUCAUAUCGGCCUAUGCGGCGCAUGGAGAUGCAGGCGCAGCAUUAUCUUUAUUUUGGGAAAUGCUAUCUAGCGGGACGCGGCCAGAUCCCGUCACCUUCACGGCGGUUCUCUCAGCCUGUGCCCAUGCCGGAGCAGUAGACCAAGCUCGCCUGGUUUUCGAUUCAGUGAUGCCGGAGUACGGAGUCAGUCCUUGGAUCGAGCAGUACGCGUGCAUGGUUGGAGUGCUUAGCCGGGCUGGAAUGCUCGGUGAAGCCGUGAAGCUCACACAGAAGAUGCCUGAGGAGCCAAAUGCCAAGGUUUGGGGUACUUUGCUCAACGGAGCUUCGAUUCAUGGCGAGGUUGCACUCGGAGAGUAUGCGUUUGGUCGUCUGAUGGACAUUGAGCCUGAGAACACAGGGAACUACGUUAUCAUGGCAAAUUUAUACACGCAGGCCAGGAAGCUAGAGGAAGCUGAGAUUGUUAGGGAGAAGAUGAGAAAGAUGGGGCUGGGAAAGAUACCCGGCUGUAGCUGGGUUGAAAUAUCUGAUAGUUUACACGCCUUCGUCGCUCAGGAUACAUCAAUUGCUCCAUCUGCAGAGUUGUGUGUGAUGCUCGAUGGUUUAGACGAGUUGAUGAGAGAACAUGGUUAUGUUUCUCAAGCGGAAUCGGAAGAUGAAACCGUUGACCAUGGAUAG